CCUAAUUUUUUGAAUAAUUUUGAAAAACAAAUUUGAAUAUGUGAUUAUUUUUACUAAUUUACAAUGUUAUUGAUUAGUAAGUUUAUUAUAUCGUGUUCUAAGCCUUUAAAACGAACAUAUUGUUAUAACGCUUCCACUAAUCACUACAUAAAGAAGUACAAAAUGGUUAUACCUAAAUCAAGAGAAAACCCCGUGAUUAUGAAGUUAGAGAGUCCGGAAUUUCGGUCCAUUUUUACCGAUGAACUCAAAGCUUUAAUCGAUUUGUUUAAAAAAUACAAUUAUGAAAUUCGUGUGGCUGGAGGUGCAGUUAGAGACUUACUUAUGAACUUACAACCUAAAGACCUGGAUUUUGCCACUACCGCCACUCCCACAGAAAUGAAAAAGAUGUUUGAGACUGAAAACAUUAGAAUGAUCAACAUGAACGGAGAAAAACAUGGUACCAUCACUCCUAGAAUUAAUGACAAACAAAAUUUCGAAGUCACUACCUUAAGAAUUGAUUUGGUAACUGAUGGAAGACAUGCAGAAGUCCAGUUCACUACAGAUUGGUUACUGGACGCUUUGAGACGUGAUUUAACAAUUAAUUCUUUGUUCCUGGAUUUUGAUGGACAUGUUUAUGACUAUUUUUAUGGAUACGACGAUCUUAAAAAUAGGAGAUUAGUAUUUGUUGGCAGUGCUGUUACUAGAAUACAAGAAGAUUACUUAAGGAUUCUUAGAUAUUUUCGGUUUUAUGGAAGAAUUGCAGUAGAAACAAAUAAACACGAAGAAGAAAUACUAAAAGCUAUUAGGGAUAAUGCUGAGGGUCUGAAGAAUAUAUCCGGUGAAAGAAUGUGGACUGAACUAAAGAAAAUAUUAGAAGGGAAUUUUGCUGGGGAUCUUUUAGAAACAAUUAUUAAAUGUGGUCUUUCAGAAUAUAUUGGAUUGCCAGAAAACCCAAAUAUUGAUGAAUUAAGAAGAGUAUGGGCCAGGAGUAAAAACUUAAACAUGAAUGGAAUAACUUUAUUGUCAUCUAUCCUGAAUCAUAUCGAUGAAGCUGAAGCAUUACAUAGACGUUUAAAAUUAUCAACUUUUGACAGGGAUCUGGUAUUUUUUAUAGUGAAUAAUCGCGAACCUAAACUCCACCCAUCUCCUUUACUACCUUACCAACAGAUUGUGGCUAAAACCAAAUCAAAACCUUCUGUUAUAAAGCAGUACGUUCUAGAAGUUCUUAAAUAUAACAAUUCUCCGUAUCUGCAAGAGAUGGAAACCUGGGAAAACCCAAAGUUUCCAAUAAACGGGACUAUCUUGAAAGAAAAAGGCGUCGAACCAGGUAAAGUUAUGGGUGUAGUCAUGCAAGAACUGAAGAAUAUAUGGGUAGAUAGUGAAUUUAAACUGGACGUAGAUGAACUUUUGUCACACAUACCCAAAAUUUUAAACGAACUAAAAGAAAGAAAGAAAAGUAAAGGAUAAUUUUUUGUUUAUCUUGUUGUGUAAAUAAAAUAAAUAAAACCAUAAAAAAAUAA